CAGCUGUAGAGAGUUGAAGACGAACACCUUGUGUGAUCCUGUUGAAGCACAGAUCAUUUUGAGAACGAGCAAGCGAGAGAGAGGCGGAGUAUCCAUGGCGUCCAGGUACUGGGUGGUCUCUCUUCCAGUGAAGGACUCUGCUUCUUCGUUGUGGAACGGUUUGCAGGGGCAGAUCUCCAAGCAUUCCUUCGAUACUCCUGUUUAUCGGUUUAAUAUUCCUAAUCUUCGUGUCGGAACCUUGGAUUCUCUACUCGCUCUCAGCGAUGAUCUUCUGAAGUCGAACAGCUUCGUCGAAGGGGUUUCUCACAAGAUCAGGAGGCAGAUCGAAGAAUUGGAGAGAGCAUCUGGUGUCGAGAGCAAUGCCCUUACAGUUGAUGGAGUUCCUGUUGACUCUUAUCUCACCAGGUUUGUCUGGGACGAAGCUAAGUACCCAACUAUGUCACCGUUGAAGGAGAUUGUUGAUAGUAUUCAGACUCAGGUUGCGAAAAUUGAGGAUGAUCUCAAGGUUCGUGGUGCUGAAUAUAACAAUAUCCGAGGUCAACUCAAUGCCAUUAACCGAAAGCAAAGUGGAAGCCUAGCUGUUCGUGACCUCUCAAGCUUGGUGAAGCCAGAAGAUAUUAUCGCAUCAGAGCAUCUAGUGACUCUCCUUGCAGUUGUUCCGAAGUAUUCUCAAAAGGACUGGUUGUCGAGCUAUGAGACAUUGACUAACUAUGUGGUGCCUAGGUCCUCAAAGAAGUUGUUUGAGGAUAACGAAUAUGCCCUCUAUACCGUCACCCUCUUCAAUCGUGUUGCGGACAAUUUCAGGACAAGUGCCCGUGAAAAAGGUUUCCAGAUCCGUGAUUUUGAGUACAGCCCUGAAGCGCAAGAGAGUCGGAAACAAGAGCUAGAAAAGUUGGUUCAGGAUCAGGAAAGCCUGAGAAGCUCUCUUUUGCAAUGGUGCUACACUAGUUAUGGAGAGGUUUUCAGCUCAUGGAUGCAUUUCUGUGCUGUGCGUAUAUUUGCUGAGAGCAUUAUGAGAUACGGGCUGCCACCAUCUUUCUUGUCAUGCGUCUUAGCUCCGACGGGGAAGGGGGAGAAGAAGGUGCGCUCAAUUCUUGAGGGCUUGUGUGAUGCUGCAAACAGCACAUACUGGAAAAUGGAGGAGGAAGGAGGAGGAGGAGGAAUGGCUGGGUUAGGAGGCGAUGCAGAGGGUCAUCCCUAUGUAUCCUUCACCAUCAAUCUUGCCUAAACUACUAUUACCUUGGCUCCAUGGGCCUUUGGUCUGCCUUUUGUUGUGUUUCGUGUAUUGUUUUUUUUUUUUUGGGGCAUUUUCCCCAAAUAUAAUUAUUCUUCAUUCCGAAUCCAAUAAGAGAGGGAAAAAAAAAAAGGAAAUGUGGUCUUGAGAGAGAGGAGGGGCAGAUGCUGCUGCUGGAAUCGAAUCGUGCAGUGUUGGGGGCGACGGCCAUUUGCUAUUUUGAAGUGGUUGAUCUUUGCCCUUAGCCGUUUCUGUGUGUGUAUGUUUUUGUUCUAUUAUCGGACAUUCAAUCCGAAUUUGGGAUCUGUAUUCAGGUGGGAGAUGAAUGUGAAUGUGUAUCCUGUGGUUA